AUGGGGAGUGUGCGAAGCCACCGUUACAGCAUUGUUUCCUCGGAGGAAGACGGCAUGAAGCUGGCCACCAUUGCCGCCCCCAAUGGCUACGGUAACGGCAAUGUCAACAAGGUGCACACAGAGCACCAACAUCAGAGCCGCUUCGUCAGGAAGGAUGGCCACUGCAAUGUGCAGUUUAUCAAUAUGAGUGAGAAAGGCCAGCGGUACCUGGCAGAUAUCUUCACCACCUGCGUGGACAUCCGCUGGCGCUGGAUGCUGCUCAUAUUCUGCCUUUCUUUCCUUCUUUCCUGGUUGUUUUUUGGCUUCGUCUUCUGGGUAGUGGCUCUUUCGUACGGGGACUUAGAGAAUGAGACUCAGAUGUGUGUUUCCAAUGUGGACAGCUUCACCGCUGCCUUCUUGUUCUCAGUGGAGACUCAAACCACCAUUGGCUAUGGUUAUCGCUAUGUGACGGAGGAGUGCCCUGUUGCCGUCUUCAUGGUCGUCUUCCAAAGCAUCGUGGGCUGCAUCAUUGAUGCUUUCAUCAUCGGUGCUGUCAUGGCCAAGAUGGCCAAGCCCAAAAAGAGGAAUGAGACCCUGGUGUUCAGCCAUUAUGCUACAGUGGCCAUGAGGGACGGUAAACUUUGCCUGAUGUGGCGAGUGGGGAACCUGAGGAAGAGUCACCUGGUGGAGGCCCAUGUGAGGGCCCAGCUUCUCCAGUCACGCACCACCGCAGAGGGAGAGUUCAUCCCUCUGGAUCAGCGAGACAUUGACGUCGGCUUCGAUAGCGGCAUUGACAGGAUCUUCCUGGUGUCUCCUAUCACCAUUGUGCAUGAGAUUGAUGAGGACAGCCCGUUCUACGAGAUGAGCAAACAGGAGCUGGAGACAUCAGAGUUUGAGAUCGUUGUCAUUCUGGAGGGCAUGGUGGAGGCAACAGCCAUGACCACUCAGUGCCGGAGCUCCUACGUGGCCAGCGAGAUCCUCUGGGGCUACCGCUUUGAGCCGGUGCUCUUUGAAGAAAAGAACUACUACAAAGUGGACUACUCUCGAUUCGACAACACGUACGAGGUGCCCAGCACACCCCACUGUAGCGCCAGGGAACUAGCCGAGCAGAAGUCCAACCCCUCCAGCUCGAGGAACUCCUUUUGCUACGAGAACGAGGUGGCUCUGGAAAAAGUCGAGAUGGAGGAGGAGUUUGAGGAGGAGGAAAACAGGGAGGUGAGGGGUGUUGAGGUCAGCGCUCUGGAGGACACAAACACAGGUGUGGUGUCAGACUCUGAAUGCAAUCUGGACUCUUUGCCUUUAGAAUCAAGGCCUUUGACGGCAGAAUCAGAAAUAUGACUGCGAGAAUAAAAAAGGUUUAAAAAACUACCACAGGGUAUGUUCAAAUUAGCUGUUGUUUAUAAUGCAUGACAGUUUGUAAAAGACUGUGAUUUGAGUAUGAAGUUCCCUAUGCAGAAGCUCACGCACAAGACACCACAGGAAUCCAGACAUGUUUUAUUGUUAAUGGUGAAAGUGGUGAUGAAUGAACUGGCUGCAUGGAACUUGAGGGAUAAAAUAGGUUGGAUGCCUUCACUAACACUGUGCAGUCUGCCUAUAUUUUAGCCAUUUGGGUUCAGAAAAUUAGUAUGUUUGCUAAAAGGUUCUAAUUUAUUCAGUGCAUAUUCGCAGUUUGCACACUUAUUUUUCUGGCCUAAACGUCACAUAAAAUGGUGUCUAAAAUAAUGAAAUAUUUAUAAUUGAAAAGAGAUUAGUUUUCAAAUGCCAACCUAAAUUUAUAUAUUUCUAGUCAUUUUAUUCUCAAUAAUCUUGUUUUAAAGGCUACUAAAAACAUUUUGACCCGUUACACCAACUGAACAAAGGCUACUGUUUGUUAAUGAGCUGGUCUCUUAACACAAUAUAUUCACAGUCCUCUUCAGUGUGGUGGUCUUGGUGUUGCUCUCAUGGCGUGAUGCAGGGGGGAAAAAAGGAUGCCUCGUGCAGAUUAUGAGUACACUAUUCUCUUCAGCCCAUCAUCCUGUCUAAGUAUAGCAUC